AUGGCAACGCAAGGACAACAAAAGCCGCAGAUCCAGCCUUGCCGGUACAAGACUGGAAAAACACUCGGCGCAGGUUCAUAUUCGGUGGUGAAGGAGUGCGUCCACAUAGACACGGGCAGAUACUAUGCCGCAAAAGUUAUCAACAAGCGGCUCAUGGCCGGUCGGGAGCAUAUGGUGCGCAAUGAAAUCGCAGUCUUGAAGCGCGUCUCGGUGGGACAUCGCAAUAUCCUCACCCUUGUCGACUACUUUGAAACUAUGAAUAAUUUAUACCUUGUGACAGACCUUGCGUUGGGAGGUGAGCUAUUCGAUCGGAUCUGCCGCAAAGGCUCCUACUAUGAAUCCGACGCCGCCGACUUGAUUCGAGCGACACUGUCAGCAGUUGCAUAUCUACACGACCACGGCAUCGUGCACAGAGACUUGAAACCCGAGAAUUUGUUGUUCAGAACACCAGAAGAUAAUGCAGACCUCCUGAUUGCGGAUUUUGGUUUGUCGAGGAUCAUGGAUGAAGAACAGUUUCACGUCUUGACUACGACGUGCGGCACACCAGGUUAUAUGGCGCCCGAGAUAUUCAAAAAGACAGGCCAUGGUAAACCUGUUGACAUCUGGGCUAUCGGCGUUAUCACAUACUUCCUCCUGUGCGGCUACACUCCAUUUGACCGGGACUCAAAUCUGGAGGAAAUGCAGGCCAUUCUCGCUGCCGACUACUCUUUUACGCCAGUCGAGUACUGGCGCAACGUCUCCGAAACUGCAAGAGACUUCAUCAAACGCUGCCUUACGAUCGACCCUCACGCACGUAUGACCGCACAUCAGGCUCUACAGCACCCUUGGAUAAAGCCCGACAUCGACCCAACAUCUCCCGUAAAGGGCCCUGGGGAUGGGCAAGAUCUCCUGCCGACGGUGAAGAAGAACUUUAACGCGAGGAGGACUCUCCACAAGGCCAUCGACACGGUUCGUGCGAUCAACAAACUCAGGGAGGGAGGUGGACUGAUGGCCGGCCACAUGGACGGUGCUAUGAGCGUGGACCCGAAACCCAAGGCAGAGAUGGUCAAUGGAAGCAAGGUCCUCAAUGAUCAAGGGCAGCAAGUCCAAGGGGAGGAGGCGAUGGGCGCGAAUGUGCCUCAAGGGGACUCGGAUGCAAUGGAAAUUGAUUCCAGAGGAAAUGCGAGGGGUCAGACAGAGGACCAAAUUCGACGCCAGCAGAAAAAGAUUCAUGACACGAUGUCAGGGUUGUGGGGAAAUCAGCAAGCAGCUCGCGACGUCUAG